GCUCGGCAACAUGGCGUCUGUGGCUCUAAGUGAGGCGGAGAAGGUGUACAUCGUGCAUGGUGUUCAGGAAGACCUUCGCGUGGAUGGCCGUGGCUGUGAGGACUAUCGAUGUGUCGAAGUGGAAACCGACGUGGUGUCCAACACCAGUGGGUCUGCCAGGGUCAAGCUGGGUCACACAGACAUCUUGGUGGGAGUGAAAGCAGAAAUGGGGACGCCGAAGCUGGAGAAACCAAACGAAGGUUACUUGGAGUUUUUUGUUGACUGUUCAGCCAAUGCUACCCCUGAAUUUGAAGGUCGAGGAGGUGAUGAGCUUGGCACGGAGAUUGCUAACACCCUUUACCGGAUAUUUAACAACAAGGGCAGCAUCGACCUGAAGUCCCUGUGCAUCAGUCCUCGGGAGCACUGCUGGAUUCUCUACGUGGACGUGCUGCUGCUAGAAUGUGGUGGAAAUUUGUUUGAUGCCAUAUCCAUUGCUGUAAAGGCUGCGCUCUUCAAUACCAGGAUACCGAGAGUUCGUGUUCUGGAAGAUGAAGAGGGGUCAAAGGACAUUGAACUGAGCGAUGACCCUUAUGACUGCAUCCAGCUAAAUGUGGAGAAUGUCCCCUGUAUUGUCACCCUAUGCAAGAUUGGCUAUCGGCACGUGGUGGAUGCUACUCUUCAGGAGGAGGCCUGCUCCUUGGCCAGCUUGCUGGUGGCCGUGACCAGCAAGGGAGUCGUGACGUGCAUGCGGAAAGUGGGGAAGGGCAGCCUGGACCCAGAGAGCAUCUUCGAGAUGAUGGAGACUGGCAAGCGUGUGGGCAAGGUGCUGCACACCUCCCUGCAGAGUCUUCUACACAAGGAGGAAAGCCUGGGUCCCAAGAGACAGAAAGUCGGAUUCCUGGGAUGAUCCACCCUCAACGGCCAAGUGUGGGGUUUCUACUUUUCCUUUUAAGCUGACGUUUGUAUAUAUCUCUUUUAGCUAUUAUGAA